CUCCCUUUGAGCAAGCACUGACAAUAAUUUCCCCGAUUGGACUUUUCAGCCACGCGUAAGAAAGCACACAGUUUGUCAUUUCAUCUGCGUCUUUGUAACUUUUUACGUGCGAGUAACCUUUGCCGAGGUUGCAGGGAUUCCCAACAGUGGCGCGGGGAAAAAACACGUGAUAAUUUGAUUUAAAUUUGUUUUACUUCCGGGUCGUGUUUUUGUUAGACGUCACCAGUGUGAUCGCCAUAUUGAAUUUACAGUCAUCCGGAAGCGAUUCGGCACUAUACGGGCAUUUUGUGAAUUUUCAUCAGCGAUCAUCGUUUCAGAGAACAAAUUUACGAUCUAAUUUUUUGCUGUGAACAAAAGUUUAACAUUCUAUCUCCAUCAUGUGGAAGCUUCGUGAACUGGGUGACAAAGUCACCAAUGUGGUGAUGAACUAUAGUGAAGUGGAGGCUAAAGUUCGCGAGGCCACAAACGACGACCAGUGGGGACCACAUGGUACACUAAUGUCCGAUAUUGCCAAAGAAACUUUUACAUAUGAACAUUUUCCAGAAGUAAUGGGUAUGGUAUGGAAAAGAAUGCUUACAGAUCCCAAGAAAAAUUGGAGGCGAACAUACAAGGUACAAGUUGUGGAUGUAUAUUCAGUCUUAUUAAAGGGUUCAUUUGUGGGGGCAUCUGUACAUUCUGUCAGGGGUGUCCAUGAUCCCAAAAAUUGUAGCGAAGAUGAAGCAGAAGAGGCUGACAGGUAUCAAUUCCGAAACAAAGAAGAAACAGUUACAUCAGAGAUUUCAACAACCACCAAAACAGAAAAACAUACCAAAAAAACCAAACUCAAGAAAGUUGAUUUAGGUGCUGCCAGUACAUAUGGGACCGGAGCUAACAAUAAACCUACAGAGGAUACUUCAGCGAAUUCCACAGAUAAUAGUUAUUCUUUGAUAGACACAGACUUGCCGAGUCCGGUGCAAUUAACGACACAAAAUACUCAAGAUGCAUUCGCAGAUUUCAGUUCAGCUGCAGCCGCAAGUACCUUGAAUGAUCCAGCAAAUGCACAGACUUCUACAGCACUCUCAUCAAGCAGUGCAAAUGGUGAUUUUGGUGAUUUCUCUGUUUUCCAAUCGGCUUCUUCCCCAACAAGUAAAACCUCAGAUGUCGGGGAUGGAACGUUUGGGGAUUUUCAAACCACAACAUUUUUAGCAGCUACAAAUUCCAAGUCUAGUAGUAACAGUAGUUUACUUAUGGGUGUAGCCACGCAAGGAACGAUGAUGACGCCAUCACAACAACCAAUGCCAGCACCAGCCCCACAGCAACAGCAGCAGCAGCAGCAGCAGCAGCAACAGCAGAUGCAGCAACAACCUGCUGUAUCAAUGCUGCAACAAACUCCUUUGAUGCCUAUGUCCUCCAUGCAGUCAACACCACCUUUACAGCAGCCUCCUAUGACUUCGUCGCCUUUUAUGGAACAGUACAUGAUGCCGCCAUGCCAUGAUCCUAUGGCACAAAUGUUUAUCUCGCCCCACUCCAUGCCUAUGUCAGGAGGUGUCCUUGGACAAAUGACUUCAAUGGAAGGCAUGGUGAUGGGCCCAGGGAUGCCAGGCGGGACAGCAAUGGGUCCAAUGAUGUCACAGCCAGGUAUGAUGUCACAGCCAGGCAUGAUGUCACAGCCAAGCAUGAUGUUACAACCAAUGAUGGCUCAACCAGGCAUAAUGACUCAACAAGGUAUGAUGUCACAACCGAGUAUGAUGUCGCAACCCAAUAUGAUGUCACCACAAAUGAUGUCGAUGAUGUCACAGCCUCAGAUGACAUCAAACGUACCCUCAACAAUGACGAUGACGACAGCAGCAACAACAAACUCAAUGAAGUCGAUGUCUGCACCUCAAACACCGAAGAAAGAUACUAUCUGGGCAGAUAGCAAAGUGAACAUAAGCCUGGACUCUCUGAGUCCUGCAGAUAAGUACAAGAAAAUUGUACAGCCUUCAAUGAAUGAACUUUCAUCAAAUAAUCAGCCAAGUGCAGCGUCAAGUAAUACUCCAUCACCGGUUGUACAAGGACAGGUGUACAAUCCCACUAACAUGACUGCCAUGACGGCUGGAAUGGGAAAUAUGAACAUGGGAAUGCCAAUGAACAUGUCACCCAUGCACACAAAUAUGGGCAUGCAAGGAAUGGGCAUGCCUGGCAAUGUGGCCAUGCCGCAAGGAAAUAUGGGAAUGAUGAUGGGAGGAAUGCCGGCUGGAUCACAGAUGAUGGGAAACUAUGGCAACAUGAUGAAAUGAUUGAACAAUUGUUGCAUGGAUUUUUUUUUUUUGUAAAUCAGGAUUAAAAAAAAGUAUUUUCUCAAAUAUAGAACACAAUUUGUAAAUAUGGGAGGAAUUCUUCAACCUUUUUUUCUGCGUUGUGUUUUGAUCUUGAAGAACGCUGUAAAAAGAAGGUUGAUUGCUGCAUUGUGGAAUGCUUAUCAGGGCUUUUUAAUUGCAUUAUUAUUUGGCUUCACAUCUCACUAAUCUUGUCGUAAAACGUCUUGAAUACGCAGAAAAGCACAAAUGUAGCAUACCCUUCAGUAAUAUAGUGGAGUAAAAGCUGUCUAAAGCAAACACCAAAGGGAAUGAGAACGUUGUUCAGUUUUAAAGAUGUUUAUAGUGUCAGUUUAUAUAUAUUCUGUACAAAUCAGUGUUCGGUUUAGACAGUUAUUUUUUUACACCAGUGACCUGUUAGGACUACAUGUAUUGUGAAAUUUUUCAAUUCUUGACUUGUCUCUCAGUACAAACUGGUACAAUUAGCAUGGAAUUUAAUAUAAAUGCAUCUACCGGUAGUUUGAAGGGCAGUGGUCGUUGCGCCAUGUCAAGUUAGCUACAAGUCUAAUGUGCAAUUAAAUCAAAUUCAGUCGCACGCUGUGUGACGACCACUGCCCUGAUGUAAGUAUAGAAAGCUUAUUACAUCACUCUGUACUAUGUAAUGGACAAUAGUUCUCUUCAUAAAUUACCCAUCUUAUUUACAUACACACCAUGGCUGCUCAUAGACAAAACUUAAAUGAUGACAUAGUGGGUAAAGCCUUGAUAAUUGAAUUGUAUGUGUGUUCCAUUGACUGAAGAACUCACAAUGCAAUUUUGACGUCUUCGUACCAAAUUAUUAUUAAAGGUUUUCAUUCCUCUCAGUUGAGUAGUUGUACCCUAUGGCAGAGUCAUGGAAACUGUUAAUUUAAAUUUUAUUUAUUGAAUCUUGUUUCAAACAUUGUACGGUACAUGUUACAUUUUGCUUUUGAUACAGUGUUUCGUUGACUUCUAAAAACAUCUGCUGUUCAAAAUGGACCAAUCUGAUUGGCUGAUAUUCUAGCCUCAUUUUCAGUUGCAUGUAUUGUGCAUUGGUUUAAGGGUCGGUUACUAGAAUAUUAAUGAGGCAAAGUUACACCUUGACUCUAAUGAUUUUGAUGCAAGUUUCUUUCAUAGCAUAGAUGUGCCAUUUCAUUUUGCUGCAAAAUUAGAAAUAUCGGGCAAUCAGGGAGAAGGGAAAAAAUACGCAUGUUGACUGAAAAUGACACAUCUCGAUUCCUCGGGGAUAUAAACAGUCGUGUAAAGCAAGGUAUACAUUUUGCUUUACAAGUAAAACUGCCUCAUGUUUUAAAUUAACAAGAAUGCAAAAUAUUUGAUUUAGUCAAGUCGUGUAACGUGAUUGACUGUCCAGUGCAAUUUUGAUUUCAUUGAUGCAUUUUUGAUGUCGCUAUUACCGGUAGGAAAACUUUUUAAAACGAGUCUUAUUAUUAGGUGCAGCGCCCUCAACAACCUCAUCAUGAAAACUUUUGUUUUUAUUAAAUGAAUAAUAAUCGAGUUUUUGUAGGCGAAAGUUGCUCUUAUUUGGGAGCGAUGAAGAACUUUUUAACUAUUUAAUGGUACAAUCAGUAAUUGUCUUUGCUUGUUCACAAUUAGUAAGACAAUAUGGAGGCAAUAUGAAUGGAGAGGUGUGAAUGCAUUGUUUCAAGUAGCUAUAGUAACCAAAUGAUAGCUACAUUAGUUGAAAAGGAAACUCUUACCCAGUUUAUGUAUCCGAUUUAUCAGCAUGCAGCCAAUACAACAGCUUUCUUUUUUUAUGAACAGCUAAAUCUCAAUCGCAAACGAUGCAGUUCAAUUAUGUAAACAAAAUUUAUAAUAAAUGAAAACCAGGGAGCUAUUUUGUAUCGGGUUAAUAUUGGGCUGGGAUACUGUAAAUUUCAACUGGUUUGUUGGGUUAUUUAAAUAGCUUUUCAUUUUUUAUGAAAGUUUAUUAGGAUGUUAACAUUUUAGUUUUUUUUUUUUUUUAAAUUAAGUUACUGUAGAUUGCUGCAUUGCAUGUUGGGUAGGUUAGAUUU